CAGAGUGCUGAGAGAGUGGGUGCAUGCCCAGUUAGAGCCGCGGUUUAACGUUUCAAAAUGGCGGUAGAUUUAAGAUUAAUGUGGGGAAAUUGGGAUUGUCAGUUAAACUGCCGUUCUCGUGCACAUUGGGGAAAUGCCGGCUGUUCGUUUCUGGAAGCCGUCUUGGUGUCUUAGCGAUGGUCAGGUGCUAACAUCCCACGUGGUCCUUUUCAAAAGCCGAGAAUUGUGAAAUGCUUGGGACACCAAAACAAUUCCUAUGAUCAAAACAAUUUGAUGGACAAUUUGAAUAUGUCUGCAAUGAUUAACAACCAAGGACAGCAUUUCUUGACUGAAUGGACAACGGAUGUUGCUCGUGCAGGGGUGAUAUUGAAUGCUCCUUUUUGUUUCAAUGGUACUAACUCAACUCCGGAAUGUAGAAGUGUAAACGACUCAUUUAGUGCUCAGUUUAUUCCACUUCAGUUCUCAAACGACAGCAGUUGCAUCAGCAUAGACUCUCUUCAUGAUGAGCCUAUUUUGAAUGUAGACCCACCAAAUGGAAAGCUACAAACUGCUUUUGAUAUCAAUGGUUCAUUGACUUCAGAUCUUCAUUCAAAUGUAAUACAGCACACUUCUUUGUCCCCAAGUGGCUUAUUGUCCUGUAAUAAUGAAGCAGUGAAGCACAUUGAAGAAAAGACUGCAUGUGAUAAUGCUGUCAUGCAAAGACUUGAACAGUUAAGAGAGUGGCAACAUGAAAGACAAGAGCAACUAAAGAAGCAGCAUCAGGAGCAGCUUCAGCGACUGGUGCACGAACAACAGACACUACUUGGUCUUAUUGGUACGCAACAAGGAUUUUCGGGAACUUUAAGUAAAUUGCAAAAUACAGAAAAACAAUAUCUUGUUAAUGCUGUCAAGCAAAGAGAACGGCAUACUAAACAUGACAAUGAUGUCCUUGAAGGUGAAAGCAAAGUCCAGGAUGAAGCAAAUUCAGGAUGUUCAUUUUCAGGCGAACCUUCAGACACACAUCAAGGAAAUAAAGAUUGUACAAGUACAUCUUUCCUUCCAUCUCCAUCUGAAAAGCAUGAUCAUAAAGAUCCUCUAUCUUUUACAGCUUUGGAGGAAAGACCAAUUAAACCGGGACUAGAUAUACGGAAGGAAACUUAUGAAGAGUACUUGGAGAAACAGAUGCAACUGGAAGAAGAGAGGUUGAAACAACAGCAACUUAAAUUGAAUCAGUCACAGGACAAAAGUAAUCAAAAGAGAAAGUUUCUGAAGCGUGGUGAAGGACUAGCAAGAUUCUCAAAUGUUAAGUCAAGAUGUUUGACAUCCAAGAAAACAACUGAUAAGGAAACAAACAUAACGAACCAACAGACAGCAGGUUCUCAAAGUUCAGUGAACACCACGCAUCAAAAAUUGCAAUGCAAAUUCACAAUAUUAAACAAAGAAAACCAUUUCGGAAGCUCAGCUGCACUUAUCAAUAAUCCAGCAGCAAAUAGUAAAGGAAAGAACAACUCUGCUUUGUGUGUUAAAAAGUUAACUGCUUUGGACAACGGUAAAGAAGAAAACUCCCUCCGGUCACCUCUGAAAAUGCAGGCAGACAGAAAAAAAAUUACAUCGGUUGGUAAAAUUCAAAAUAUCCCUAAAAUCACUAAAAUGGAGAGUGCAAACAUGGCUCAAAAAUACGAACUGAGUGCAUCAAAACAAACUGGACAGAGCACUGUCACUUCAGAUAGACCAACAGCGGUUCAUAAUGGUGAUAAAUUUCACACAAAUGAACACAUAGUUCCUUUAUGGCCAAGUAAUAAAGAAGCAAAUGGACAUGAACAUACACUUGAAACAUCAUUUCAGAAAAAUUUGGAGAAGUGGAACAAGGAAAAAGAGAAAGAAAAUAUAGAAUUGCAUGAAUUUGAAUUUCUGGAGGAGGCGGCUGAAGAACUUUCCUUCUCUAGCAAUUCUUCCUUUGUACUCAAAAUGGUACAGGGUAAUUGGCCAAACAAUGAAUGUCGCAGAUUGUCAUCUACCCCAGUCAAAUCUGAGCAACACCAAACCAUUGAAAAUUCAAGUGAGUCGGUGCAUGUUGGGAAUACAGAUUUUGAGGAAAAUGUUAAUCUUAAAAGUUCUAAUGUGUUAGAACAUAGGAAUAGGGUAAAGGAAAAUGGGAAAACUGUUUUAGGCUCACCAGCCACUGAUAAAGUAGCAUUCAAAGCUGUUGACUGUGAUCCUUUAGAGGAUGAAUAUAGCAAUUGUAAUACCACUUUGGAUUCUGAAAUCGAUGACCUUGAUUCCACACUGACAAAUGAAAAAACAACGAGGAGGCAGUCUAUAGUCUGCAGUAGUGACAAAGAAGAUGAUCCUAAAUCUAAAUGUAGAAAAAAACCAACAGAUAUUCUCAAUAAAGCCAAGAACAUGGAUACAGAUCUUGACUUGUCGUCGUUGUCCUCGUCGUCGUCUGAUGUUGAUAUUGAAAUGCCUACUGUAAUAGAAAACAGGAAGGUUUUUUUGAGCCAGAAACAAGAUUCAUCUCGCUUCAAUUCCAGAUGUGAAAGCAGUUCAACUUUGCAUCAAGAAAAUGUUGAUUUUGAUGAUGAACAGACAUGGGCUGACCUGGACGAAAGUGGAUUAAUUAACCAUGAAGAUAACUCAGCAGAACCUGCUAAUUCUUCUGUAUUAGAUCAAUGUUUCUCUUCUGGAAGAACAAAUGAGGAUAAAAUUAUGCAAAGAAAAGUUGCUUCUGCUAAGAAGGGAGAUGUUGUGGAUGAAAAGAACAUGGACAAAGCCACAGAAUCACCCCCAGUCACUGAUUUGAUAAAGAGAUUGUUUCCUUCACUGAAAUCCAAGACUGAGCCUGGAUUUGAUCGAGGACUGGAACAAAAAUUUAAAGCUGUGAAUGAUAAACCAAUAGGUGCUGGUAUCCAGUCCAAGUUACUGAGGGAUAAACUGGCAGAAUUAGAAUAUGAAAUUAACCAAUUUCGAGCAGAAAAUGCUACAUUGGCCAAACUCCGAAAUGAUAGAGAAAAAGCCAUGGUGGACCUUAGAAAAGAAAUUGCAGACUUUGAAUGUAAGAAAACCGAACAGUUAACUCAAUUCGAGGAAUAUAAAAAAGAAGAAUUCAAACGACUCCAAAAAGAGCGAAUGAUUUUUGAAAAACAUGCUGCUGCUGCAAGAGCAAUCCCUGACAAAAAGGAGAGGCAAGAAAUACAGGCACUGAAACGGCAGAUUGUCGAUUUGCAGGAAGAACUAAAACGAAAAGAAUUAAGGUGGUCAAGUAUUCAUGCAAGACUUCGAAACCAGAUUGAUACACUGGCUAAGGAGAACAGAGAACUUAGAGAUGAAGUUAACAUUAUGGAAAGACUUCGGUUGGAAACUUGGAAGAAAGCUGAAGCAUUAAUUGAGAAGAAAACAGACACCACAUCUCCAGGACUAAACAAAACAGAAUUAGCAGUUCAACCAGAUGUUCCGAAAGACAGAGGCAGAGCUGCACAGACAGGAGGGAAGAAAAUCUCUCGCAUGAUUGAACAGACUACCCCAAGAGAUGUUAAACUUGGACAAGCUGUGAAAUUAUCUGCUCCUACAGUGACCAGAAAUAGCUUAAAAGAAAGUUCUGUUUCGAUAUCUUCCGUAUCCCUCACUGAUGUGACUGAUUCUGCAACGGGUAGUAUGAUGCAUUCAGAGCUCUCUGGAAAUUCUCCAAACUCUGUUGGGGUUUCAGCACCAGCUGGAUCUACUCUUGAGCCUAAUGCAACUGAGGAUGAAAUUCAAGAAGUGAUUAAGUAUCCAGAUGGAAAGGUUGAACAGGUGUUGAGAAGUGGACGUCACGUAAUUAUUUUUUGUAAUGGUACCCAAAAAGAAAUUAGUGCAGAUGGGAAAACUAUUAGAGUGACCUUCUUCAAUGGGGAUGUAAAACAGAUGAUGUCUGAUCGAACGGUGAUAUACUUUUAUGCAGAUGCACAGACAACACACACAACCUAUCCUGAUGGUCUAGAGGUUUUACAGUUUCCAAAUAAUCAGAUGGAGAAACAUUACCCAGAUGGGAGAAAGGAAAUCACUUUUCCAGACCAGACCAUUAAAUACUUGUUUGCAGAUGGUCGAGAAGAAAGUGUGUUUCCAGAUGGCACGAUAAUACGUAUGCAACCUGAUGGUAACAAGAUAAUUGAAUUUAAUAAUGGACAAAGAGAAAUACACACAUCGAGCUACAAAAGACGGGAGUACCCUGAUGGAACUGUUAAAACAGUGUAUCUAAAUGGUCAACAGGAAACAAAGUACAGCUCAGGAAGAAUAAGAAUCAAAGACAAAGAAGGCAAUGUAAUCAUGGACAGUAAACCCCAAUUAUUCUAAGUCUUAAAACAUUUUAAACCUAUUGUAUUUGAACGUUGAUUUGAACUCCUGUAUUUACACAGCAUCUAACUGUACUAUAUAACUACAUUUCACAUGCUAGUAUAUUGCUAUCCUUAUGUAAAUACUUGAAUGUUAGAACAAUGUGAUCUAAAUGCCUGUGGGGGAAAAAUGUGUAAUAUGUAAAUUUAAAUGUUUAUAAAAUUGAAGUGCAAUAUAUAGUGUGUUCAUCAAUCUUUGAAUUAAGUCAACUACAUUUGAUAAAGUGAACCAAAUAACUUGGAUCCUGUAUUUGGAUUACAUCUUUAAAAGUGGUAAAUGUUUUGAUAUGUUAUAGGCAACUUUUUUUUUUAAAUUUAAAGGCUUGUUUUUUCUGCAUAAAAAAACUGAACUGAUGUUUUGUGGAUUUUUAGAACAAUUCAAGUGGAAUCUCAUACUCCAACUGACUGUUUGACUGAUCAGUUUAUAAUGCUUUGCGAGAGACCACAAUAAGCAGGACGGCCUCCAAAAAAAACUGAUCAGUCUCACCAAGAGUAAUAACAGGAUUCUAGCAUGGUUUUGCUUAGCUAGUAGCUGGUGGUUUUCACAAAAUAGUUGGUGUACUAUUCACAAUGCUGUUUUCUGUAGUGAAAUAUGCAACUUUGACAAGCUGAGGUAAUACUGCAACAUCUACCUUUAGCCUAAUCAAUCCAUUGGGACAUUGAUUGAAAGGAAUAAGACACUAAAGGAGACACAAGAUCGACCAGGAACCAAAAUUUUAAAGGUGAUAGUCAAUUAAUAAAUACCGUAUUUAGAAAUAGCAGACAUAGUACAAGCAAGUCAAGAGUAAGAAACCAAUAUGUUGAGGGUGUUUGUUUAUUUCCUUUUCACCUUUGGAAGAGCUUUUAAUGAACUGAAGCACUGUUGAACAUGGAACAUUUCAGAUUAGGCCUGCAGUAUAUACUGAACAAUAGUUGGAUUGCUAAGCCAUUUGAAGCUGCUCUCCUGGCGCUAGCAGUGAAUGUAUCAGAGUUGAUUCCUAAAUGUUAAGACUUUUGUUCUAAGUGUAUACAAAUAUUAUGAAAGCAAUGUGACAAGAUCAUCAAAAUUCAUUAAAGCAAAGAGGUACAACUCAA